CAAGUCGUUCACCUUGAUUUUCAAGUUAAAAUUCAACCACGCUUACAUUCGUUCAUAUGCUUGUAACAUAUCACAAAAAGGAGUCACUCAGGAGGAUAUACCUACAGUUCCGGAAAAUAUUAGGCCCUGCUAGGGUGACUAUAGAGUGCGUCGACAUUAUGGAACUAAACUUGCGGAUGAAGUCAUGUCCUAGGUAGGCCUAUGGAUCUGAAAUUGUAUUCGUUUCAGAUAGACUUGUAAAAAUAAGCAUUUGGUAAAUAAUAAACAAAACAGAUAACAAGAAUAUAUUUUACUCCAAAACGAUAUUUUAGGGACCGCAGCUACCGUUUUCUCUGCUAAAAUGUAAAUAUUGGAAAUGUAGCGGUGGCAUUCGAUUACUUUGCCUACAACAUGAAAAAAAAGUAAUGUUGAAAGAAAUGAGACUGGACAUGAUUCUCUAAUCGUCAGAUAUGAAACCUCUCGAGAAUUCGUAUUAAAAUAGGUAUUUGUUCAUUGAAUUUUUCUUAUUGACGGGAAUUAAAUAUAAUGGCAUCCAUCACUCCGUAUAUUAACAACAGUAUGUUGUUUACACUUUUCUCAGAAGGCAACAGUUCAGAAGAAACAAUUUCAAUGAUAACAGUAGCUCCCAUAGCUUUUGCUGUAGGUCUGCUGACCGUUUUCACGAUCCUCGGAAACCUACUUACAAUCAUAGCAGUGGUGAUUGAAUCCAAACUUCAUAAGUUUGAGAACUACUUUUUCGCAUCAUUAGCAGUGGCGGACCUUUCAAUUGCAAUCGUUGUCAUGCCGAUGCAUUUACGCGUUGAAGUCAACAGAGGCAAUUGGUACAGUAGUGAUUUUGCCUGUGACCUUUUUAUAUUUACUGAUGUAACCUGUUGUACAGCAUCUAUACUAAACCUCUGUGCCAUUGCAUUGAAUCGAUACUGGUCAAUUUCGUCACCUUUGAAAUACGCAACUAAACAGACGACAACACGGGCGGGAAUCACGAUUUCUGUGGUGUGGAUUUUAUCGUUGAUAAUUGCGAGCCCACCGCUUUUUGGUUGGCCGACACGUCUACGACGCGAAUACACGUGUAUGUAUGACACAGACCAUUACUACGUCAUUUAUUCCUCUUUUGGAUCUUUUUUCAUUCCACUUUUACUCUUAAAUAUUGUGUACUACAAAAUAUUCGGACUGGCUAAGCAAGGGGCUCGUUUUCGUAGAGCGGCUUCAUCAUACAAUCUCCCAAAAAGAAAUGCAUCUACCUCAUCCGGUUGUUACAUGGUCGGACGAGUAACUAUGUCCUCAGACGUUAACAAAAAAAUAGACGGGCGUGAAGGAUGGGGAAAGAAGACUUUACGGAAGUUACACGUACGGCGACCUCUUAGUAAGGCAGACCGGGCCGAAAUGAAAACUGUCAAAACGCUUGGUGUCAUCAUGGGUACUUUCAUUGCGUGCUGGUUACCGUUUUUUUCACUGUAUCUGAUCACUCCCUUCUGUGCUGCUUGUAAGGUACCCCCAGUUGUUGAUCGAUUCGCUUUGUGGCUAGGCUAUACCAAUAGCCUCUUGAAUCCAAUAAUUUACAUAUGCUGCAAAUCACUCUUUCGCAAGACCUUCAAAAAGAUUAUUUGCCUCAAUUAUUGCAGAUCAAACAAAAGAUACAAACUGUCAAACAGGCGCCAAAGAGGAAUGUACAAGCACAUACCCCGUAGGAAUUGUGACGGCGAUGAAGACAGGUUAAAAGAACUACAAGAAAAUAAAAUAGAUGAUGAGAUACAGGACGACAUUUCCGAAGGAAAACUCGACACUUAUUCCAAAAAUACAAGCUCUAAACUAUCAUGCUCACCUUCGUCGUGGUCAGCUAGAAAAGAGAGAUUUAAGCAAGUCACUCUAAACUUAGUACCACAAGUUCGAAAACUAUCAUCAAGCUGGAGGAGCAGAGAUUCACUUGAUAUUCAAGAAGGUAGAACUAUAAUGACGUCAUUUGUCACCGAAAUUGAUCAUUUCUCUCUUAGCGACGAUCCAGAUACGAAUCUUUCAAAAUCUGACUCGCACUUGCACAGGUGUGGCGUAACAAAUUCUUCAUACGAUGCCUCAAUUGGAAUCACCGAGACCGAAGUUCACUUACCUCCGAGAAUGUUUCUACCAAGAGUUCACUCCUUUCCAAAUAUGUCAUCCGAAAAAAUUAACGGUUUUUGUAAAUUACCGUUGUCAAAUAUGGACAAAACUUACCUUAGUGUUCCUAAAAACGCACCAUUUGAAAAUAACUUUGUGAUGGGAUUUAGGCUUAGUGAUGACGUGCAAGAAAUCGUGGAUCAAGACGAUCCACAUGGAAUACAGUUAAUAAUAACAGACGCAAACGCUGAACAUACUUGCGCACAAGAAAAUCCUUCUAAAGACAUUAACAAAUAUACUAACACGGAAGAUCAAUCUACAAGUAUUAUACCGGAUAUACAUAAAAAUAACUGUCAUGCUACCAAAGAAAUAACGGACAUAGAGUCUCAGCACAUAGACACAUUAAUAGAUUGCUCAAAUUCUGAUUCAACAACUGAUAGCCAAAUAUCAGAGGAGGACUUUUUACGCGGGAAAGUAAAGGAGAAUAUUUGCAGGCGACACAUUGAGUCUGAAGACUGCAUCAAAUGCAGACGGCACCGUUUUGUAAUAAUUAAAGAAGUCGGUGUACAAACAGAUGAAACGCCUUUUAAUGAGACUACCGACUUGCCUUACUUGAGUGUUCAUCUUGAAGAUAAAAUUCCUGACCUCAUAGCAUCUGCGAGGUUGUCAGAAAAUCAGGCGGGAACGAAGCACCAGUCGAAUUCCACCAGAUCGUCUGCCGAUGACAAACCGCGUUCAAGUGCAUUUGGAAAGGUGAUGAGCUCAAGCUCAUAUAAUGAUUUUGAUAUAUCUUUAUGUAAUGAACAUACGACUGAUGCUAAUAUAAUUUCAUCUUCUAGAUCAGCCAAUUUUAAGGAACUUCAGAGUGACGAGUCACUUGAGCCAAGUGAUUAUAUGAAAGAAAACGUGUUUUGUUCGCGUUUCGAUCCUAAGUCUCUCAACGUUCUUGUUCAUUGCAGAUCAAGCGACUUGUAGGGCCUAAUCCUAUUUGUAAUUAAUCAGACAAUAUUUUACUUCAAGAACACGACAUUGAAUUAUACAUAACGAUGGAAAUUAUGUCAGAUAGACCUAUUACUAAUGUCAGACAACCUUUCGUUUUCGAUAUCUAAAUGUAUUGUUACAAUCAGAGAACAGUUAAAUUAACUAUUCCCU